GCUGCAAGCGCAACCAGACUCUAUCGCAAUGGUUCAAGUUCUCUCUCUUGUUUUGCUGGCAGCAGCUGCUUCGGCUUCAUUCGUUUCAAAUCUCAAUUAUCGAAGUCCUUCACACUUUCAUCCGGGCCUUGGAGUUUCGAUCCGCAAAGUAGCAGCUCGUAACACUCCAUCUGCGGCAUGGAACUCCUCGCAAUUGAACUUUACUCAUGGAGUUGCUAGCGGUGAUCCCUACGAUACUUCUGUCGUUCUGUGGACACGCGCAGCACCAAUUGCUUCGGAUAAUGAUAAGAGCAAUAUCACCGUGUCCGGCUAUGUCCCACUUUACAGCCACGAGACUGAGCAAUAUGUGAAGGCUAGCAAGGCUCCAGUCUGUGUUAGCUAUAAGAUCUCCAAAGACCCUGAACUGAAGGGCUGCGCGGAUGAAGGGAAGGCAUACACAUCUUCCGAUAUUGAUUACACAAUCAAGGUGGAAGCGAGAAAUCUGAAACCAUUUACCAGAUACUACUACCAGUUCAGCAUCUGUGACUCGGACAACGUCAGCCCAAUUGGCCGCACUAAGACUACACCUAGCAAAGGUGAUGUUGUAAGCAGCGCGAUCAGACUGGCUAUUUACUCAUGCAGCAACUAUCCCUUCGGAUUCUUCAAUGCCUAUGGAAAUGCCGCCCGGAAAGACUCGGUGGAUUACGUGAUCCAUCUGGGAGACUACAUUUAUGAAUAUGCGAACGGUUACUAUGGUUGGGGGAACAGUAUAGGGCGUAUUCCCCUUCCAGAUCGAGAGAUCUACACUCUUUACGAUUACCGCAAGCGACUAGCAACGUACAGAACUGACCUUGAUCUGCUGCUCAGUCAUCAGCAGUUCCCUUGGAUACCUGUCUGGGACGAUCAUGAAGUUGCGGAUAACACGUGGAAAGCUGGGUCGUCGGAGCUCAACAAUACCGAAGACUCCUUCGUUAAAGACGGUGGAGUAUCUGUUGAUCAGAGAAAGAUGAAUGCUGUGCGUGCCUACUUUGAAUGGAUGCCAAUUCGUCAGGUGGAGAUGGAUGAUAAUUUGCGCAUCUGGAGAAGCUUUGAGAUAGGUGAUUUGUUGGAUCUUAUCAUGCUUGACACUCGGCAAUAUGACAGAAGUAUCACAGACCUCUACUGGAAUACUGAUUACAUCCACGACAUCUCGAAUGACGCUGGUAGAUCCUUGAUGGGACCUCGUCAGGAAAGUUGGUUCUACAACAAGCUUUCGCAAGUAAUCGGCAAUCAAAUCAUCUUCUCUCGUAUCAAUCAGUCUUUUGCCCUCGGAAAUGAGAAUCCUCUCAAUUACGAUGCUUGGGAUGGGUAUCAGAGUAACAAAAACAGAACUUUGUCUCAUCUAUAUGACAACAAAAUCAACAACACGAUUUUCCUUGCUGGAGACAGUCACGCAUCCUGGGUCAGCGACCUUGUGUGGCUUGACACGCACCCCUACGAUCCCGAAACAGGUGAAGGCUCCAUUGGUGUCGAAUUUGCGGGAUCUGCUGUGUCCUCGCCAUGUCCUUAUGGUCAAAACAUUUCUCUAGCAAAUGCAAAUAAUUACUCUUCGCUUUUGGAAGGCGCAAAUAGUGAAUUACAAUGGCAGGAUCUGUACUAUCGAGGUUACUACGAGUUGAGUUUGGACCAACAAAGCGCAAAUGCUUCGUACUUUGGCUUGCCAACUAUUGCCACACGAAAUGGCUAUGAGAUAUCUCUUGCAAAUUUCACCGUCAUGAGUGGGGAGAACAGAUUGAAGAGAACGAAUGGCGUUGUUGGCGGUGGCCUCGUGGAAAGCGGCAGUUUGAAGUUUGGAACAAUGUCUGGCACAAAUCUGACAAACGAUACCGCCACGGGGACCUACUUUAUCAGUAGCUUUACGCCUGAUACGGCAUGAUGGUCGGAUCAACCGCUCUCUAGGCCAUCGACGACACAGAAGCUUGACAACAGGUCAUGAUCUAUUUUCGAGGGUAAUAUUGUCGUUAGAGUGAUUCGAUAUCGAUCAAUAUAAU